CAGCCUUGAUAACAUCGCGUCAGGGUUAUAGCUGGGAGACAUCCUCCCGUGGCUCAAGGUUCAGCGUCUGCUUCCCCGUCUCUCCUGCCCCAGAACCAACACCUACACAGUCGACAGGAACAGUGUUGCUUCUGAACAGGGAACUGGUACAUUUGUCAGGGCUAUCCGUCUUAAGGGAAGUAGCAGAGUCACGCAAGGGGGACACAGUUUUGUGUUGAGGAAAGUCAGUUACAAGCGUUGAUCACACGCACUGAUCAAAAUGGAAGGUCAGCGAACUCCCGAGAUUCUGGACUACCGGAAUGCGAAUGGUCAUGGAUGGUCCUUUUAUAAAAAUGACGGCCUUCUCCGGCCGAUUGACACCACCCCUGAAGAUGACAUGGAAAUGAUCAGAAAAGUUCAGAAACUGGAACUUAGGGACGAUGACGUCUUCAUUGCGGCAUAUCCUAAAUGUGGUACCCACUGGUUGUGGGAAAUCGUCUCCAUGCUCAAGGCCGGUAACUCUGAGUACAACAAGAUGGCUAAGGAAAUCGCCAUGUUGGGGAUGCCGAAGACUGAGCGGGCUGAUGAACUCCCUUCCCCGAGAGUUCUAAAUUCCCAUCUAUUUUUCCGUCAUCUGCCGGAAAAGCUGGUGGAGAAGAAAAUAAAAACAAUCUUCAUCAUGCGAAAUCCAAAAGAUGUCAGCGUAUCCCUUUUUAACCAUCUUAACGGAAUGAAACUGAGUGUUAGGUUUGACGGGACGUAUUCAGAACUUCUGGAUCUGUUUCUGGAAGGAAAAGUGGGCAUUGGUGAUUAUGUCAACUACGUGAAGGAUUGGCUGCAAGUGGAACAGGACAACCCGGACUUGCCAAUGUUAACAUUGUUUUAUGAAAACUUGAAAAAGGAUCCUGUUAAGAACAUCAGAACGGUUGCCGAGUUCCUUGGAGUGUCUGUCAGCGAUGAACUAUGUGAGCAAAUAGCAGAAGCGUGCAGCUUUAAGAAGCUGAGGGCUGCAAACACUGAGGUCAAGGAGCACACCAGAAAGCAAUCCGACGUCUGGAAGGAAGGUCACCAAGGACUGUAUAGGAAAGGUGAAGUUGGGGAUUGGAAGAACUGGAUAACAGUUGCCCAGAACGAAAACUUUGAUGAUGUCAUUGAGCGCCGAUUUGAAGGAACGGGCAUUGUAUUCACGUAUGAAUAACCGUUAUAUGGUGAUCAUGGGGUUGUGGACACGAAACACCAAACCUUAUCCAGGAUAUAUCUAUAAAUGCUAACCUCUAUGUUGUAAGUUCAUGUCAAACCUCAGUGUUUAACCUCUGACCCUUUCAAGUUAUUUUGCUAACACUGAAAUGGAGUUAAAGUUAGGAAGAAUCAAUCAAUGUUGUUACACGAGUGAGUGAGUUGUGUUUGUGUUGUUCCAUGAACCGUUAUCCGACUUAUAUACCAUCAAAACAACUGAGGGAAAUACACUCUUUACAAAAAGUAGGGGAACCUGAACUUUUAAUUUUGAUCAAGAUGUGAUUGAAUCCGAUAUAUCUCUCAAUUAUUUCAAUCGUAAAUUUAAACUGCAGUUCCUCUACUUUAUUUAAGGAGUCUAUAUAAGAAAAUGUAUAUUUACAAUGUAUUUACCAGUAUCUGGGUUUCAUACAGCGUGUAUUUAGAACUUUAGACUUGAAACUUGUAAUUUAUCAUAAUGUUACUGUUUGUUACACAUGAACAAAGAAUAAAACAAGUCUAUGAAAGUUU